CCGAAGACGGAUGUGAGUCUCAGCAAACUGCUGGAAGACAGUCCGUAUGGAUUGUAAAAGUGUCUGGGUCUGGAAGAAUGCAACUUGUGAUGCUGCAUUUGGAUUCCAAAAAAAUCUGUAUUGCAUGAGUAGCAAAAGGAGUAUAAUUUUUGCUACAAGGAUAGGGCAUUUGUCAUGCGGAAUAGGCAUCGAGAUGAUGCCCUCAAAAAAUAUGUGGUGGUGCUACUAGGGCGUGCAUCACAGACAUCAUGGCUCAUACAAGACGUGCAUCACAAGUCGCAGAAUCUUCCAGACCCAGACAUUUUUACAGUUGACAGUUCGGGAGUCCAGGAACGGUCGCGCUACAUCCGAGGCCUAUGCUUUGCAAAAGUAUCGCACUCGUAGUAAUUGCAGUUAUGCAUUACAAAUUUUUUUCUUGAGGUAAAUCCGCAUGACAAAUUUUCUUUCUCAUGCUGGAAAAAUUUGUAAUGCAUUUAUACGAGUACGAUACAAUACUUUUGCAGCUCAUAAGGCCAGAACAACAACCACGCCAGACUCUCUUCCGACGGCAAAGAGGCGGAAUACGAUCGAGCGGUCUACGUUCAGCACUUUUUUGACGAAGACGCUCAGACGGGACUGGAUGGUGGAGGUGCUGUUGACGAAGAGGACGGCGCGGGACAAAGUAGAAGUAUGCCACCGUAUCAAGACGGUGCUUCGAGUUCGACGACAGUUGUAAGGCCUGCUAGUAAAAACACCGGCAAGGGUGGUGGUGCUCCUGCUCCAACAGGAGAAACCACUGUGGUCAGAGCGACAGCAGCGGCGCACGACUUUUCCGCAGAUAACGACGAG